GAUUUCCUGCAAGAAUCUCUGACAAGUUUCAGCUUCUUCUGAAGACCUUACAGAACUUCUUCCAUGGUUUUUUGAACAAGAUUGAUGGAGAAGAAGGUGGAUGCAGAUUCCCCUGUUGGGGUCUUGGAGGAUUUCUUGAGGAGUGAGGAAUUUGAAACAAGUUCUUUGAAAGCAUUCACUGCUGAUUCAGGAACAGAGCAGAACACAAAGCACGGUUGUCGUUGGCGACGAUUUGCUCGAUUGUUCAGAAGCAAAUCGAAGAAAUCAUUUGCCACAUUUCGGCCUCGGAGUUUGUUAAUGCCUUCUUCCUUCAGAAGGAGCAGCAGCAUGAGAGAAAACACCGCGGUGACGCCGGAUUUUCUCGUGAAUGCCAAUCCCUGCAACCUCAAGUCUCCCAGGAAAGUUUUCAGCUUUUCCGAGCUCCAAAUCGCCACCAAAAACUUCAGCAGUGAAAACCUCAUUGGAAAAGGUGGGUAUGCGGAGGUUUACAAGGGGAGGUUGCAAAAUGGACAGGUUGUGGCUGUCAAGCGGCUGACAAAGGGCUCGUCGGAUGAGAUAAUCGGAGACUUCUUGGUUGAGAUGGGGAUUAUGGCUCAUGUGAAACAUCCCAAUACUGCUAAGUUAAUUGGAUAUGGGAUUGAAGGUGGAAUGCAUCUUGUUCUUGACCUGUCCCCAAAUGGGAGUUUAGCUUCUCUUCUUUAUGGUACGAAUGAGAAACUGGAAUGGAGUAUUAGGUAUAAGGUUGCAAUAGGCACGGCCGAAGGGUUACUAUACCUUCAUGAGGGUUGUCAGAGGAGAAUUAUCCACAGAGAUAUUAAGGCUGCAAAUAUUCUUCUUACAGAGGACUUUGAGCCUCAGAUUUGUGACUUUGGACUUGCAAAAUGGCUGCCGGAGCAUUGGACUCACCAUAUUGUAUCCAAAUUUGAAGGCACAUUUGGUUAUUUGGCUCCAGAGUACUUAAUGCAUGGCAUAGUAGAUGAGAAAACGGAUGUUUUUGCCUUUGGUGUACUGCUGCUGGAACUAGUAACUGGACGCCGCGCUCUGGAUUACUGUCAGCAAAGCUUGGUCUUGUGGGCAAAACCUUUGUUAAAGAAGAAUGACAUUAGAGAGCUAAUUGAUCCUGCUCUUGCUGAUGAUUACGACCCUAGACAAAUGAAUCUUGUGCUGUUGGCUGCUUCUUUGUGUAUAAACCAGUCUUCAAUUCGCCGCCCCCAAAUGAGUCAGGUUGUACAGCUCCUAAAUGGCAAUCUUAGCUGCUUAAAGAGCUUGAAGAAAUGUCGAUUGCCGUUCUUUAGGAAGGCAUUCCGGGAUGGGCUCUUCAACUCUGAUGAUCUCAUGAGCCCCAGCUAGAAAUAGGUUGACAACACACUUGAGGAAAUUACUGAUGGAUUUGGAGACACACAUACCCUUCUGGGACAGGGCUUAAGAGCUGUAUGUAGACAUUAUUAAUUCCCUAAUCCUGCCAUCAAAAUGCAUGGAAACAGAUUAAAGGGUAUAAGAGAAAAAGAGCAGAAGAAAAGGACUUUACAGUUGACAUGUUUCUUCGACAUAAAAAGAAAGCUAAAAGAAACAGAAGAAGGUGAAGAAGAAUACAGAGGGACAUAUGUACAAAAUUUGGGCCUACUUAAAUGAGAGAAGAGAGGGACCAAACAACAAACUAAAGAAUUCGCAAUGCUUUGUUCAGUUUUUGUUGGAGAGAGACAUAUGAAAGGCCACUGUCUUUUAAAAUUGUCAGUUUAUGGGAAGAUGCAGUCAAGGAUUCAAGGUACAUGUACAUAAAAUAAGCAUUGAAGC